AUGGCGCCACAUAGGUUCAACCCGCCCCAACCUCGAGUUUUCCGAAGACUGGUUCCACAACACACAACAAAACUUUGUCUCUGUACUCGACCGAACCCUACAAGGAUACGUGAUCGAAACCUCUCCAUACACAAGCUUCAUCUCGACUCAUCGAGGCCCGAACCAGUCGUCUCCCUUCUCGAUGAAUGGAUCCCGAUAUUAGCCCUCAACAUCAAAGCGUUGAAACUCAACUUUUUUUCAAAUACUCCGGAGUAUUACGACCUGCCCAAGGCAGUCUUCUUAGCCGAGUCCCUCGAAGAACUACACCUGUGCCAAUGCAAGAUGAGCGAGAGCGUGCAGUUCAAAUGUUUGUGCACGCUCAUCCUCCAAUGCGUCCUCAUUAACGACAGGACUUUUGAGAAGAUAAUGUUGGGCUGCCCUUUGCUCGGGCGGAUGUUCCUUUUUAAUUGUCAGGGGUUAAUAAACGUUAGACUAGUGAGCGAGACAGCAUUCCGUGGGCUCAAGCACUUUGUAUUGGAUAAUAUCGUGAGGAUCGGAGGGCGUAGCAUUGAAAUCGAUGUCCCGAAUCUCGAGACGGUCUCUAUCUGUGGCCCAUGGAUUUGGUCUAACCGCCAAAGCGAAUUUUUGUUCUCUCGCCUCACGCGUUUGCGUCUCGGUAGUGUGAUCCUGUCGAGUGAGUCGUUUGACUUGUUAUCGUUCGGCUGCCCGACUCUUGAGAGCUUGACCCUAAUUAAUUGUUCCGGUUUCGAGGAAUUCCAUCUUGCAAGUGAUUCGGUCAAGUGGUUGACCAUCAUCUCGGACAGAAUAUUGCUUAAAGGAGUUACGAUUUGUGUCCCGAACAUUCUCAAAUUUACGUUCGAUGCCCGUAUUCGUCAGCCGCUGCACACAUUCUCUUUCACGACCACUACUUCCAAGGUGUGGUACUCAAGUGUAUUCCUCUCUACGUAUGUGGCUGAUCCCAAUUUCGACAUCAAUUCGUGGUUCCUUGAGGUGAGACGAGUUCUCAAGGCACUAAGUGGGUCUCAGAUUUCUCUGUUGUUGGGGAUGGGCUGCCGCUCUGAUCAGCACGUGCCCUGUAGUGCUGUUCUCCGUGAUGAGCAACCUAUUGUGGUGGGGGAAUUAUUUUUUGAUGAUUGUAAAUGCCCCAUGGAGUUUACGAAUGCCGUGUUUCGUGUUUGUCGACCGAGUCUUGUAUGGGGUGGUUGGGUCAUGAGCGAGUUGCUCAGGAGCUCCUACGAGCUCUCGGAGUUUCAGUUCAACAUCUUGCUUGCAAACAAUAAAGUCAGGACCGAGCCCUGCUUUUGGCAGCGCGAUUUGGAGCAAGUGUUUGUGGAAACUCUCAACGGGCAACAAUGGCAACUCAUGCAGUGGACGAAUCUGGAGGAGUUGCGAAACCGAACGCAAGACAGGAGAAUUCGCCUUAGAUUGAAAUGGAGAUGUCAGAAUGCCCUAAGCCUGCUGUCUCGCGCAGCCCAUGAGUGCUCGCCUCAUCCCUUAUGUUGCUCUCAGCAACUCGCCAGCCUUGCCAGCCAUCUUGCGCAGCCCCGCAAAAAAUCUGCCCCACAUCGCCCAAGCAACUCGCGUAGCUCAUGA